UGCAGCCCCGCACCAGGCUCUGCUCUCCGCACGGAGUUACCGGCUCUAACCCGCAGGACACGCCACGAUCCAACCCGCAAGUACCGUGUUCAGGUGGAUGGCCUCAUGCGGCGGUGAGCGGCGACGGCCGGCUGUACAAACUGUGUAGGACCAAGCUUUUCUUCACAAGGUUGAUGGAGAGCGUCAGGAUGCUGUGGCUGCUGCUCGGUCUGGUUCCCCUGGUCGGCUGCAGCAGAGUCCUGUCCCAGGAUGCCUUGUACCUGGAGAGGCAGGGCCAUGAUGCGGUUACCGUGGCGGCAAGGCCUCACAUCGACCGCUGCCGCUCACCCAACAUGGAGGACUUCACCUGCUGGUGGCACCCGCUGGAAAACAUGUCCGACCAGGAAGUCACCUACAUCCUCACCUACUCCAAAGGUAAGGGGCCAAAGCACGACUGUCCCGACUACAUGACCGGCGGCCCGCACAGCUGCCACUUCGACAGCAGCCACACAUCAGUAUGGAAGAUCUACUGCAUGAACGUGACGGCCAUCACCGCACAGGGCAACUUCACUUCCCAGGAGCACUGCCUGGAUGUGGCUGACAUAGUGGAGACCGAGGCUCCGGUCAACCUCACCUACAUGUUAACCGAUGCCGGCGGGGAUGAAAUGGGCCACAAUGCGCUGCUGUCCUGGACGUACCCGGUGCCCUCUCACCUGCAGUUUGGCUGGAUCACGCUGGUGUACGAGCUGCAGUACCGCCGAGUCACAGAGCCCGACAACUGGAAGGUGAAGCAGCCUCUGCGCGAGUCUCAUGUGGAGCUGCUCGGCCUGCCGGUCGGAGACUACGUGGUCCGAGUUCGCUGCCGCUCGCACAACUACGGCCUGUGGAGCAAGUGGAGCUCGGCGCUGCUCAUGACCAUCCCCAACAGGCCACCCGCAGGGAAGCUGCUGGUUCUGAUCCUGGUGACGGGAGUCGGAGUCGUGGCUCUGCUGGUUAUCGGGUUUGGAGUUAUUCCACAGAGCAAGAGGAUAAAGUCAUAUUUCCUCCCACCCGUUCCGAAGCCUCGGAUCAUUGGUAUUGACUCGCUGCUUCUCAAGAAGGGCCGCAUGGAUGAAAUCAACCGUCACUUCAGCAACUUCCACAGCUACAGCCCGCCCAGGUACACCGAGGAGGUUUGGGACCAGGUCAGCAGCGAUGACAGCUGCCUCGCCCUGCCGAGGGACUGCAGCGUCCCCGCCGACCCGCCAGACAGGGAGCGGGACGCCCUGAUGAUUCCUCGCAACCCGACACCCGUGGCCGCAACACAUCACCAAUUCACCAGCCCGAAUCCGAUGGAGUCGUAUGUGCAAAACCCGGCUCAUUACAUCUCCUCACCUCCUAAAGCCAUCACUCCUGCCGUGCCGGAUGUUCCCUCCCCAUGGACGUGGCCGGGGAUUGUGUCACUGCCGGGGACGGACUACAGCAUGAUGGGACAUCCCGUCCAGCCCGUUGGCGCUCCGACCCCCGAGGCCGCCGCUGUAACAGCCGGGCGUCCGCCGCAGGAUUUCUACACCUGCGUCCAGCUCAUGAACGAAAGCGGAGAGGUGCAUCUGGUGCCGUGUUUGGCGCCGGCGGCCCAGGGGGUCCCCGCCCGGCUGGGGGAGGAGCCUGACGGAGGCGACAAGGACGAGAAGAAGAAGCAGCUGGCUGACUACCAGGCCAAGACAAACGCUCUGCCCCGGAGAGAUGGCGGGGACGUGGAGAGGAGCGACGCGGCCGUGCCUCUGCUGCCCGUCGCCGUCGACAACAAGGGCUGAACGGUGAGGACGCCGGCGCUCAAACCCACUUUCCAAAGACCGCGAGAACCGGACACACUUUGCUGACACAUUCUGCCGCGAGGGCACCGUUCACCCAUCAGGACAGAGAUCCUCUCCUGUUCUGUUUUGUUCCACGCCAUCCAAAAAGGAGAACGAGCGCCUGGUUUACUUUCCAGUGGAAAGCGGACCUACAGCACACAGAGCAGGAGGACUUUUUUUAGCCCGCAAAAGACUGAACUGCUCAAGGAACAGAUGCUUUCUGGGUAAAAGCACAACGCGGACUCUUGUGCACACCCUCGCUGGUGCAACGAAGUCUACACUGCAGCGAUCAUACCUGGCAACGCUCCGCAUCUUCUGUGUGACCGCACCCACUCACCUUAACGCUGUUGUCGUGGUUUCGUUUUGGUUCUGUCACCUCGCUACACUCGGGGACCAAACCUACUGCUUGGCUCCAUUAGGCAAGGUUUUUUUUUUUUUUUUUUGUAAAUGUAAAAUACACUCAUUUUUUCAGCCGAAAUCACAAAUUGAGGCUGCAACAGAGCAAAGCGACCCAUCCCUGUUCACAGACGCUGUAGUUUUUACCCAAAAUGAUAUCAGCUGUCCCACAGGGCUCGGUACACACAAAAACCUCACGAUACUUUAAGUAUCACAGCACGUUGCAAUACUCUACACAGUUAACUGAAAAUGUGUAAAUAGAGCUUCAAGUACAAUCUACUGCAUAACACCAGGGUAUACUAAUAACAUAUAUAGCAUAUUAUAUCGUAAACAAUUCCCAAAACUGUGCAUAUGUGGAUAUAAUGACCAUCAUAUGAAAAUUAAGCACAUAAAUGAUAAGUUUCGUCACAAGGGGGUGGAGAAUUGAUAUGCUAUGCUGAAAAAUAAUAUUGUGAUACUCAACUGUGUCAUAUGGGAAAGCGUCUCGCCCAAGAAGUGAAAUCGAACACUGAGUCAAACUGAAAAUCUGUGUGAGGUUUGCGUAAUGACCCUAACUUUAAAAAGUUAUUUUUCAGUGCCUCUUGGGGCCAAAGUACAGAGUUUCAGUUUUUUUUUUUAAUGUAUUUUUUAAAAUCUUAACAUAAAGUCCACAUGGCAGCACGCUUGUUUUUCCCAGCCAUGGCUGAUUGUACAAAGCGUGACAUUCAGGGUCGCAUGUCAAACUCAGGAAAAAAAAAAAAAAAAAAAAAAGCACGGUGCCAUUUGAAGGAACGCACUGCAGGAACAUACUGGUAUUUGGGUUGUUUUAUUUUUUCUUUUUUAAGAGUGGACAAAAGAAAUUACUGGGUGCAUUCAGCAACCCGAGUUUUUCUGUCUGUCUCGACGUUUUUCACCUUUUCGAUCUGUCUUUUUCUGUCCUUGAAAUCUCCUUGAAUAAUCGCAUCAUACGUAACACAGUGGUCCCCGAAAGGUGAGGCGAUGCUGGGUGGUGUGUUUAAGGUACGACGGCAAGAUGUCACGUUUAUUGUCUUCAGAAACAUCACAAGAGCAGCUUCUGUGGCUGCCGAUCAAUUUUGGGGAUAUUUUGGGGUGCAUAGAAAACCGUCACUUCAACUCUGAUCUCUCCUCCUAAUAAUUGCUUUCUGUGAGCAAGUUUCAGAAUGAAAUACUCCACUCCAGACCCUCCUGGGAGUGUGUUUGAGCGUUUGAGAGUCUUGCAGUUUUUGUCCACUAUGGAAGAGUCCCAGGAAUGUCACUCGGUAUUGAAGAGGGGGAAAUUGAGGUAAAAAGAGCCAGAGUCAAUAAAAUAUCGACUCUGGCUCUUGUUCACACAUGGGGGGCGCUGCCAUGACAUGGAACAUUUCCAGAAGAUUUCUGGGUGAAGCUGCAUAUGUGAAACAGCCGUCAGUCUCUCUCUCUCUCCCUCUCUCUCUCUCUCUCUCUCUGUUCUGCAUUAUCCCUCUUUUAUCCUCAUCCUCCAAUAUUGUGGCCUGCUAUUCUCUCUUUGACUGAUUUAUAUGGACAGAUUGUAAGGAGAAACCUGCUGGUUUGCACACGUUCAACCCGUAAUCCCACACUGUGACAGUGAGUCAUGUUCAACAAUACUUUUCAAAGUACUUUUCUCCCCCCCCCCACUCUUCAAUACAGCUGGCAGUUCAUGCAGCAGUUCAUGCAGCAGGUAGUUCAUGAUUUAAAGAAAAUUAAGUAGCAUCCCCUCAGGAGGCCGCGUGCUGUGACUGUAAGCUCCCACUGCAAAACACACAUCACACACAGGAACAAAGUGAUUCUAUCACCAACACACCCCACUUUUUCUUAGAUCUACAAACUGGAUUUCUAUUUUAUUUUCUAGAUAACAUAUGAAAUCCUAAUACAAAGCAAAAUAUCCACAAUUUGAAAAAGUUACUCCCUAUUCUGCAUGAAUUAUGUACAGUAAAAAAAAAAAAAAAAUACAGAAAACGGAUUAUGGAAGUUGAAGUUCUUUGGAAAAUAACAGGUAAAUGAUUGCACCCUUACUGUGUUUUCUAUAUUUUUGAGAUAUUGAAUGACAAACCUCAGGUUGCGAUGGACAUUCCACAUGUCCUCUUUAGAGUCGGGAAACUCAAGGAUUGUAAAAGACAGCAAUAUGCAGUGUUGGCUGAAUAGCAGUAUUUUAGUGAAGAUGAUGUUUAAACCACUGGGCUCAUGAAGGAGAUGAAAAGGUGGAGACAGGAUACGAAUUUUUCCUCCUUGACAAGUGAGACAUUAAAUGUAUAAUCGGGGUUUCAACUAAAUGCCGGGAAGGCGGUCCUAAUACUUUGUACCCGCUGUGUAUUUACGUCCUGUGUGUGUCGUCUAGAUGGCUGCCAAUCAUCUUUCAUGUAUGUGCAAAGUGUUUAUUCAGCCACUCAAGAGAGUGAUAACGUUACUUAUUGAGAAUCAACAAAAAAAAGUGACACAAAAUGGUGGUUAUUUAAUGUCGAUGCAAUCAACCUCUUUUCCUUCACCUCCUUUUACCCAGCUCCCUCGCUCCUCACAAUGGGAACUCGAACCAGCAGCGAUAUUGUGCCGUUACUGUAUUUUUCACUGUGUGACGUUGCUCUUGCUGUCAGUUGUUGUGCCAUUAGAUUGAUAUUUAUGUGCCUGUAUGUGCCUUUUUCUUUUUUUUCUUCUUUUUUUUGUUUUUUACAGACCGGUUUGUUUCCUAUUUCUCUGUGUCUCCUCUGUCUCGGCUUGUUUGAAAAGGACGAGUGCCACUCUGACAUGCCAGAAAAUCUAUAAAAGUGGGGAAAUGACACAUAUAUGUACAUGAUCAAGAACAGAGAUGCAUUACUGGGUGCUGGUUUGAGCACAAAUUAACAGAAAACAAAUAAAAGCCACUCACAAUUAGCUCCCUUUUCACUGUUUAUCGUGCCAAAACAUAAUAGGUUAAUCCAGCUCGGAUCUUGGUAUGGCUUGCCAGAUUCAUUAGGCCUUUGUCAUGUGGGAUAGAAAAGGUAUUGCUGGUUUUUGGCUCACUAAAAGGGCAAAGACGGUUAAUAGUAGGCAGGUUUUAUCAGGUAUUUUGAACCCAAAGUAUCUGUAUUUAUGGAAUUCAUUGAAAGAGUAUGUACUUAUGAAUGUGUGACAGUCAUAGAUGGAGCAAAGUGUGCAUUUGGCUAAGAGAGUCUUUUUACCUAGUUCAAGAGAUUUCUAUGAAAAAUAAUCAGAGGUGUCCUUGUACCUUUUUUCGGAAUUUUAUCCCAGCCAUUUCACAGCAGCAGCAGCUAUUCUCAAAAAAUGAUUUAUUGCUCAAAAUUAAGUGAAAAGUGCAAGUCCUUUGUCGAGGAAACGAGAGCAGUGCAUCCUGGACAUUGUAAAAAAAAAAAAAAAAAAAAAAAAUGAAUAAUGAACUUCAGGGAAUAAUUGAGGCUUUUCCAAGAUGAAUAGGCCCACAUUGCAUUUUGGAAAGUAAAUCCAAAUCCUGGUCAGCAAUGUUAAAUGUUAAAUGUGGCGAUUUCCUUACAUAACCUGAUUGAAUUGAAUUUGAGGCCACAGACACUUUUAGACAUAAAUGUUCUUUUUUUUGUGUGUGUUGGUGGUGUUAGGAACAAGUGGCACUUAACUCCUGGUGUCGGCUGCUGAGAGGUCAGAGCAGAAGAAAUCAAUAAAAUGUUACACCGGGGGGGAAAUAGUGAUAUGUAUGUGUUUAAAAAAAAAAAAAAAAAAAAAAAAAAAAAAAGCACAUAGCCACAAGCAGUCGUUUUGAUAUUGUGUUUGUUGGUUCAUGGGAGAAUUAUUGUUGAAGAUUUGUGGUCCGCUUUGAGCACUUUUCCACUGCAGUGAAUAAAGUCCAACUCUUCUG